CAGCAGGAAACUGCUCAAGAAACAAAGCAGAGGUCUCCACAUCAAUAAUAGAUUAUAAUACAUUUUUGAUCAGAAGAAUUUCUUUUUGAAAUUGAAAAUUAAUGGAUGAAUACCGUUGUGAAUUUUGUGACAAUAUAGUGGCAUGCGGUGAGAUACACCCUUGCAACUUUCAUACGUUUGACGAUACGUAUUCACACUCACAGACUUUUUCAGAGAAUACCUUUAACAGCGCACAACUAUGGACAUCUUAUGAUCUUCCAUAUUUGGAUGCCACUUCAGAUACUCGGGUAAUUGGCGUUCAAACGGAAGAAAAUGUAUCUUUCAUGGUUUCUUCAGAAAAUGCUGAGUCUUGUUUCAGACUUGAAAAUGAUUUUCCCGCAGCUUAUAACCUUUCAUCAGCUGUCAUAGAAUCAACUGGUGUUGACGAGGAAAGGCAAAGAAUGUCAGGUGUAUCCGAUCUGAUAUAUGCGACAGGUAGUGAAAAAGAUGAGAUGUCAUGUCAAGAGAACAAAUGGCUGUCUCUGAAUAACGAUAACAAAUAUUUUAUGGAUUCUGUAGAAUGUGCUAUCAGAAGAGGGCAUUCAGAUAGUAGCAGUAUCUCUGAACCGAGAAAACUAAUUGUGAAUCCUGAUUUCCUACCAGAAAGAAAUGAACCAGAAAAGGGCAAGAUACACGUCUCGGAGUAUGUAACUGAUGAACAUACCUCACUUGAAAUACACUCAAAUGUUUCUCAAACUCACAGUAAGAGCGAGAAUAUAACCAUCAACUUGAAGGAACAUAUUUCUUCUAUAACAGAUAAUGCUAUGGCUGGACCUUCAGGGAUGUGCCCUCGGAAGAAGAAAUUUCCUUGCACAUUAUGUCCGAAGGAAUUCAAUCAAAAAAUUCAUCUCGACGUUCAUUAUCGAACACAUACUGGCGAAAAGCCUUUUGUAUGUGAUUUUUGCGGACAAGCAUUUACUCAGAAAGGAAAUCGCGACGUCCAUUAUCGAACUCACACCGGUGAUAGGCCUUUUGUGUGUGAUUUCUGUAAAAGAGCUUUUGCUUCUAAAAGUAAUCUGACAAAUCAUGUCAGGACUCACACAGGAGUAAGACCUUAUAAGUGUCCAAUUUGUGGAAUGACAUUCGCUAGAAGCAACAAUUGCAAUUUGCAUGUCAAGAGAAAGCAUAAAACUUUUUCAGAGAAUAGCUCCAACAGCGCACAACUAUGGACACCUUGUGAACUUUCAUAUUUGGGUGCCAUUUCAGAUAUUCGGGAAAUUGACGUUCAAACAAAAGAAAGUGCACCUUUUAUGACUUCUUCAGAAAAUGCUGAAUAUUGUUUCAGACCUGAAAAUGAGUUUCCUGAAGCGUAUAACCUUUCACCAGCUGUCAUGGAAUCAACUGGUGUGGACGAGGAAAAGCAAAGAAUAUCAUGUGUAUACGAUCUGAUUUAUGCGACAGGUAGUGAAAAAGAUGAGAUGUCACGUCAAGAGAACAAAUGGCUGUCUUUGAAUAAUGAUAAAAUAAAUUUUACGGAUUCUGUAUGGACAGGUCAUUCAGAUGAUUACAAUAUCUCUGAACCAAGAAAACUAAUUGUGAAUCCUGAUUUCCUACCAGGAAGUAAUGAGCCAGGAAAGGGCAAGAUACACUUCUCGGAGUAUAUAACUGAUGAACAUACUUCACUUGAAUUGCACUCUAAUGUUUACACUAAGAGCGAGAAAAUAACUUUCAACUUGAAGGAACAUAUUUCUUCUAAAACAUAUAACAAUGCUGUGGCUGGACCUUCAGGGAUGUACCCUCGAAAGAAGAAAUUUCCUUGCACAUUAUGUCCGAAGGAAUUCAAUCAAAAAUGUAAUCUCGACAGUCAUUAUAGAACCCAUACUGGCAAUAUGGUGACAUUCGGUGGGAAUCACUCUUGCAACUUUCAUACAUUCGACUAUACGUAUUCACACUCACAGACUUUUUCAGAGAAUAGCUCCAACAGCGCACAACUAUGGACACCAUCUGAACCUUCAUAUUUGGGUGCCAUUUCAGAUAUUCGGGAAAUUGACGUUCAAACAAAAGAAAGUGCACCUUUUACGGGUUCUUCAGAAAAUGCCGAAUCUUGCUACAUACCUGAAAAUGAUUUUGGCGAAGCUUAUUGCAUUUUAGCAACUGCUAUGGAAUCAACUGCUUUUCACGAGGAAAAGCAAACAGAAUUAGGUAUAUCCGUUCCAAUUCAUGCAACCAGUCGCGAAAAAGAUGAGAUAUCAUGUCAAGAGAACAAAUGGCUGUCUCUGAAUAACGAUAACAAAUAUAUAAUGGAUUCUGUAGAAUGUGCUAUCAGAACAGGGCAUUCAGAUAAUAGCAAUAUCUCUGGACUGAGAAAUUUAGUUGUGAAACAUGAUUUCCUAUCAGGAAGUAAUGAUGUUUUGGAGUAUGUAACUGAUGAACAUACUUCACUUGAAAUACACUCUAAAGUUUACAGUAAGGGCGAGAAAACUGCGACCAUCGUAAAGGAACAUAUUUCUUCUAAAACAGAUAACAAUGCUGUGGCUGGACCUUCAGGAAUGUGCCCUCAGAAGAAGACAUUUCAUUGCAAAUUAUAUCCGAAGGUAUUCAAUCAAAAAUAUCAUCUGGACAAUCAUUAUCAAACCCAUACUGGCGAAAAACCUUUUGUAUGUGAAUUAUGCGGAAAAGAAUUUUCUCAGAAAGGAAGUCGCGACAGACAUUAUAGAACACACACUGGUAAUAGACCUUUCGUGUGCGACUUCUGCAAUAAAGGUUUCGUUCAAAACUCUGACCUUAAAAUACAUAUUCGGACCCAUACUGGAGAAAGACCUUAUAAAUGUCCAACUUGUGGAAAGACAUUCACAAACCGCAGCGUUUGCAAAAUGCAUCACAAGAGAAAACACGAGUGA